GGUGGCCUGGUUAAAGGUGGAUACUCAAACUAUCCUUACCAUUCAUAAUCAUGUGAUCACGAAGAAUAAUCGCAUUGGAAUUUUUCACACGGAAAACGAUGUUUGGCGAUUACAUAUAAAGGAUGUACGAGAAUCAGAUCAUGGGUGGUAUAUGUGUCAAAUAAAUACAGACCCUAUGAAAAGUCAAAGAGGGUACCUCAGUGUGGUGGUGCCUCCAGAUAUUCUUGAUUAUCCAACAAGCACUGAUAUGGUUGUGGAUGAAGGAGCAAAUGUUACCCUUCAGUGUAUUGCAAGGGGAUUACCAGAUCCGAAAGUAAUUUGGAAAAGGGAAGAUGGGGAAAAGAUAGAUUUGCAAAAUAAUUCACAAGGUACUGUAUAUAUUUACAUUUAA